AUGCGUUUUCUUCCAACUCUCGUCCGCAACCUCUACGCCUUCUCGAACGCCACCUUCCGAGUAGCACCCNCACCUCUCAGACCAGCUCUUCGACCUACCGCAAAACUGGGUCUUCCUAGCAUUCCUUUCCUCGGAGCUUUCUUUGGAACUUCUUCAUCCUCGAACAAUAUGACCUACCCAUUGCAGAAGGGCAAGGAGGAGUGGCAGGCUCAGCUUAGCNCCUGGUAUGUCCUUCACUCAGGCGUGGCGAUGCGGCAUUCCACUAACAUGGUAUCAGAGCAGUUCCGCAUCCUCCGCGAAAAGGGCACCGAGUCCCCCUACAGCAGCGACUUUGACAAGCACAUGCCCUCCGAGGGUGUCUACACCUGCGCCGGCUGCGAAGCGCCUCUCUACAAGGCUAACCACAAGUUCAAGUCUGGCUGCGGCUGGCCUGCUUUCUUCGAUGCUGUUCCUGGUGCUGUGACUAGACACACCGACCGUACCUUUGGUAUGGAGCGUACCGAGAUUGUCUGCUCCAACUGUGGUGGUCAUCUCGGUCACGUCUUUAAGGGCGAGGGAUACCCUACCCCUACUGACGAGCGUCAUUGUGUGAACGGAGUCUCGCUCUCCUUCAACAAGAACGACCCCGUGAAGGACUCGAAGGCUUAG